AUUCUUUACUCACUCUACAAUCUACAUAGCUCUUGCAGAUGCUCUAAGCUGUAUAUCCCUUUCAGCACUUGAAUACUAUUCGCAGGCGUGAUCGUCCUCGCUCAAUAAGUCUCUCUUAGUGAAAACCCCCGUAAUUUGAUUCAACCCUAUUUUUGGAAUCAACUUUGCUAAAUCCUGACGCGUACUUAGGUCGAUGGCUGGUUUAAUUUUUGAUUCUCUGUUUGUUCGUUCGAUCAAUUGAUCGAUUGAAUAGGGUUUCGAAGCUUUUUUUGUGUUUCGAAAUCUCCAUGUCAAACCCAUCAAGGUCUCAUGUCAGUAUAACCCUAGGGCGCGGUGCGCAGCUGGUGAAACGGUCAGGGCUUAUGGUGGAUAGUUCUUUUGCUGAUUCACAGCCAGCUGUUGGAAGCAAACGAUCCGUUAGAGAUAGGCUGGGAAGUAAUGUGGAUUUAUCUCUUCAAGUCAACAAGCGAAUGCGGGGAGAUGGCAGUACUGCUAAUGCUGUGGACGACAUUUAUCUGAACAGAGAUGACCUCCGAUUCAAAAUCAUGAAAAAGAAAAUUAUUAAGCAGAAGCAAAGUCAUAAAAUCGAGCAAAAUGAGAUAGACCUUCGCAACUUUUUGUCAAGGCCUGCUCAAUCUUCAACAAAUAGCAUAGUUACCCGGGAGCCCAUGUCUAAGCCAAAGGAUACAGGACUGCAGUAUCCAGAGCUCAGGUAUAGUAGACAGCAUUUCCAGGAGCCAAAAGAUGGUACGCAACUAACCUCUGUAACCAGGGAUUCUAGACAACACCUACCCGAAGCUAGGGAUCAGCACGUGCCUAAUCCAAGGGAAACCUGUGUUCCUAAAGCCAGGGAAGUCAAACACGGCAUGCAUGAUGCCAGACAUCAACUCUAUGAGCCAAGAAUUUCAAGCAUUACGGCGCAUAUGCCUGGCACGAGAACUGUGAAUGAUGUUCCCACAGUGGACUCAGUAAUAAAUUCUUAUUCUCCCUGGACUAUGGACCGUUUAAGGCAAAGGUCACCAGGUGAAUUUUUGGGAAGUUCCCGAGUUCUCUCACCACCCAGGAGAGAGGAAGAAUUACAGAGAAGGCGUCCAGUUAGGACAUAUGAUGACGGCAGAAUGAGCAUGUAUACGAGCAAAGAUGUUUUUAACUUUUCAAGCUCCAUGAAUUCUGCACCUCUCAUGGCAAAAGUGGUUCCAUCUCCUGGACUUUCAAAGACCUUGACACAAAUGGUUGCCCCACUUACUCUACCUGGCAGUGAUGUAAAGAGGAGUGCAUAUGCAGUGAAUGAUCAACUUACUGUCGACAGCUUUUUGCAAUCUCUGGACCUGGAAAAGUAUGCAAUUUACUUUAAGGCUGAGGAAGUGGAUAUGUAUGCUUUGAGACAGAUGGGUGACAGUGAUCUGAAAGAAUUGGGAAUACCUAUGGGUCCGAGGAAGAAGAUCUUACUUUCCCUGCUGCCUCGUUCCAAACGACUAUGAUAAGUAUAUUCCUACGGGCGAGAUUCAUAUGGAGCAUUACUGCCAUUAAUGUGAACUAAGGAACUUGAAAGAUAUUCUGCUGCAGUAGGCUUUUGUAAUUUCUCUUGCUUCUGGUUGGAAGGUCGCGCCAUUAAAGUUUUAAUGAUGGUAUUUUGUAGUUGGUAUUUUUGUUGUGCCAUGUGGAAAUGUUUCAUUUUCCGAUACAGAACCUUUUCCUAGUAUGCGCAUUUUGUUUUGAAUGCAUACGGUUGCUUCCGCAUUUUGAAUCAUGGUACUUGGAUUUUUGGAAACUUGAUACAUAGUGACUGGAAAAUCUUGUGGCAUUAUGUCAAUUUUAUACAAGGCCUGAUUAAUUGUGUAGUCCAAAAAGUAAUGUGAUGUAUAAGGUUUCUUUGAAUUGAGUUUUAUCUGGCUGCAGUUUUUUAGGGCAAGGUUAAUUUCACGAUAA